AUGCACCACUGGAAGGGUGACUUGUACGUAGAAUUUUCCGCGAAAAACUCGCGACGUCGAACGACGAUGGACGUUUCCGGAAACUGCCUCGGGAUAUUGUUGAGCCACGCAAUUGGAUCCCCAAAUGAUGGAGGACAGAUUCGCGUCAGCUUUUAUCGAGUGGUGGAGCAGCAUCAGCAUCAGCAUCAGCAUCAUCAUCAGAAUCAGCAUCAGAAUCAGCAUCAGAAUCAGCAUCAGCAUCAGCAUCAGCAUCAGCAUCACCAUCACCAUCACCAUCAGCAUAAACAUCAGCAUCAGAAUCAGCAUCAUGAUCAGCAACAACUUAAACAUCAGCAUCAGAAUCGGCAUCAGAAUCAGCAUCAGAAUCAGAAUCAGCUCGCUAAGAAAAAUUCUAACUUCUUUUGUUGUAGCUUCUGCGUGCCAACAAAAAAGAUAGGUAAAAGACGUGCGUUUACUCACCGUGCCCGUGCAUGUGCUAACUGCGUUGCCGUACAGGCCACCACAUUAUUUCGCCCGACAGCCACUUCGAGACGCCGCAGCCAAUCACAGCAGAUCACCGCAGCGGGUUUCCGUCAACUACAACCCGCCGGGUGCCCGACAUCACCGGCAACCGCAAGAACAUCAGCAGCACCAACGUCAACAUUCGCUGUCGGUGUUCCGCUUCACCUUUUGAGCGUCAGCAACAACAUCACCAGCAGCAUCGAUUCUAACACCAACACACGCUCCCGUCGAGGGUUGAGCCAGGCGACCGAAAGGGAAACACAGCGCCGUCCCGGGCGGACAUGGCAUUGCCACUGUAACCGGGCUGCAGGGGGCACCUUUUUUUUAAACACUCCCGAGAUAACACGAAUUCGUUUUGAAACCCGCCGAAAACUGAAUUUUCCGUUCUAA